UCUGGGUGUGCAUUUUAUGCAGAAAGAAACAAGAACUUCUCAUCAAAACAGGGCAGUGGUUACACAGUGGCAUGGCAGCUAAACAAAGAGAAAUGGAAGCAGGAGAUGUGAUGUCACCGAACUUGGACAAGAGGCCAAAACUGGAAAGAGCGCACAGCGAAGGGAAAGGGAAUGACAUACAGAACCAAUUUUCACGAGGUAUUAGUCGAAGGGGUUCUCUUCAACAAAUCCACAGGACUAACAGUCAAAGAGAACUAAGGCGACAGUUCUCUCAAGAGAGGGAUUCUACGAAACAAGAACCCCACUCCGAGAGCUCCAGGUAUUCAGACAGAAGCCGGCCAUCGCAUGAACGAAGUCCUCCAGGGGGCACAAAACAAAUGAAACAGACAGACAUUUCCACACGUGAUAGCAUGUCUCGGUUGCAUGGUAACAGUGACUACACGGGGAGGGGAAGGGACGAAGGGGCCGAUCCUAGGAAAGAGAGAUAUCCUCUGUUAGACUCGGCUGACAACAGAAGACCUGUGAAAGAAUAUCAAAUGGAUAGGGAAAGCCAGUGGAAAGAACCUCAGAAACACCGAGACAGAUUAAUAAGUGAUAGAAGAAUUGGUCGAACUCAACCAUGGGUAAAUCACGAAGAGCACAGAAAAGUCCGUAGUGAUUCUUCUAGGAGAGUAAGCCAAGAAUCCCUUAGGAAUCAUUCCGAUAGGACCCAUAGGGACGUUCGAAUGUCUAUGGGAGGAGGUGUAGGGGAAGAGGACUGGAAAGAAACUUCUAUUAAAAGAGAAUACGAUGUGCAUAGUUCUUCGGAUGAUCCGCGGUUACGUUUGCACCCAGUGAGAAGCGGAAAUGACAGAAGAAAUCAUUUAGAUCCCUGUUAUGCUUCUGACGGGAGAGGAAGGGGUCACAACAAUCGAAAGAAAGUGGAAUCUGUAGUGAGAAACGAUUCAUUAAGUUCAGACCAAUCAGAAAGCGUGAGGCCACCUCCUCCGAAGCCUCAUAAAAAUAAGAGAGGAAGAAAAUUGAGACAGCGGUCUCUUAGUAGCUCUGAUGAUGAGAUAAGAUCAACGCCGGAAUGUUCUAGCUGUGAAGAAAGAGACGACGAAAGCGAAAGCAUCAGUGAGAAAGGUGAACUGGAGUCCAUUGGAGUAAAAUGGAAAAAGGAAGAUAUUUUAGAUGCCAAAAUCAAAAAGUUCCUCGCGCACCCAGUGUCUUGGCAACCUUCUAAAGAUGGUACUCGGAUGAUUGGACAUAUGAUCCUAAAGAAACCAUUUAAAGAAGGCAUGGACACUUCAUCAGGAGCAGCAAUGUUAGGUCUCAGGAUAGCGGGAGGCAAGAUACUUGAUUCUUGUCAGAUGGGCGCAGUGGUAGAAAAGGUUGUUAGGGGAAGCAUUGCUGAUACUUUAGGAAGAAUAAAGCCAGGUGACGAAGUAUUAGAAUGGAAUGGAAGGAGUCUUCAGAAUAAAACAUAUGAAGAAGUGUACGACAUUAUUGCGGAAUCCAGACAAGAGCCUCAAAUUGAACUUAUUGUUACUCGUCCAAUAAGGGACCUUAACAGAGUUGACAGGGACCAGCCUUUGAGACGCCAUACACACAUUGGGACGCCCUCCACUAUGGCUGACAGAGAUUGGCUCGUUACUUUGGACACCCGAAAGCAAAUGAGCCUCCAAGAGGACAGAAGGCCAAGUGUGAUGAUCACGUCUCCAAGCUCACCAGAUAAAAUGCCACUCAGGCCUCGCCAUGCUUCCGUUGGUGGAAGGAUUCAGGUGAAGCUGUGGUAUGAUUCACGAACAUUACAGUUAGUUGUUACCAUUAUGAAAGCUGUGGGAUUGCCAACAGGCCCUCAAGGCCAGAAGAGGAAUCCAUAUGUAAAAAUGUUUUUACUUCCUGACCGCAGUGAGAAAAGUAAACGUCGAACGAAAACUAUAGCUAAUACGAAUGAGCCCAAAUGGCACCAAACUUUUAUAUACUCACCCCUUCGAAGAUCUGAUUUACAAACAAGAACUUUAGAAAUCACGUGUUGGGAUUAUGAUCGGUACAAUACAAAUGACUUUCUAGGAGAGGUUUUAAUUGAUUUAUCAACUGCUCACAUGAACAACGAAAGUGAAUGGUACCGGAUGACUACACGUGAAGAGAGUUUAGCAGCUCAAUUACAGCGAAACAACAUGUUUCUGGAAGCCGAAUUAUCCGGAUCAGUGACGUCCGUAGAUCGUCUUUCUCCCCCUUCCUCCAUUUCCGUAUCUCGUUUAUCCGACAGUGAUAUUUCUGAGCUGGAUUAUGAUGAAGGAAUUCCUGUUACUAGAAGAGAAAAUCGAAUUCCUCCUGUUGAUGGUGGCAGUAGUAUUAGUUCCGUAGGAAGUAGUCCCACUUUAGUUGGGGAAGACAUCAUUGGAGUUGGAGAGAGAAGGUCAAGAAGGGAUUUAUGGCCAGAUGACAGGAGGCGCUCUAGCACAGUUCAUCCAAGAGAUCUAUACUCUUACGAGAGAAUGGAAAGAAGAGAACCCCUUCCAGGAUUAGAAUUUUCUUCCAGAAUGCCCAACCGGGUGAGAUCGAGGUCAGUGAUGCCAAAGGAAGGAUCAAUGACUCGAUCUCGAUCCCCUGCCAGGAGGUUGAUUGAGGGCGGUGUUAGGUCAGGAUCUCCACCUGACCAAAACGAGGCGCCAGCGCGACAACCUUCUGGUACCCCCUCAUCUAAGAAAAGAAAGCUUCCGCAGAUUCCUCCAGAAAGGAUCACUAGAGACCAGAUGACGCUCGAUUUAGAAGAACGUGCCAGACAGUAUAAGCUUCGAAUGCAGAGGAGACCUGAUGGCGUGUCGACAAUGAUAGUGUCUGACAGCGAAGUGUCUCCUCGCCACAGUAUGGACAAACAGUUCAAUGUCCAUCCCCAUCCUCCUCCCAGGAGUUCUCGAAUGCCUCCUCAUCAACAAGGGGGUCCCUCCAACAGCAGACCAAGAGGCUCUGCUACCUCUGCUGGUACAACGGAAGGCAUGGAGAAGGACGUAAAUGCAGUCCCUGCUCUUGAGAGUGAUGGAUCUGAAACCAGUUCAGUUUCUAAAUACAGCGUCACCAGUGCCUUUUCUUCUCAGUCAGAGCAUCCUAGGGGCAGCAGGACAUUGAAAGAAUUCACAUCCCCCACACCAGGAUAUGGCCCUGUCCAUCCCCCUAGGCCAUCCCGUGGGUCUUUAAACAGAAGUAGCAGCGAUGGUGCUGCCAAUGAAAAAGCAAACGGAAGCCUUUCUGAUACAGCUAUAAGUAGUUCAGGCGAGAAAGGUGCCAAACAAGGUCAACAAAGAAUAAUCAUAGGCGGAAAAAUUCCGAAAUUCGGAGGUCUCUCCGCUAAAAGAAGUAACAGUACAUCUCAGCUUAGUGUUAGUGGGCACAAAAAGCGCAUGGGAUUCCGUAGAAAGAAAUCUUCUACUAUAAACGUCCAUCGAAGCGAAGAAGUAGCUCCGCUUGAGUGUCGUCAUCUAGUGAAACAAGCCAGUAGUGUCUCCUCAGAUGGCGAAGGAAGCCUUAGUGGAGAUAGUUCAGUGUGGUUACCCUCUAUCAGAUUAGUGCCGGAAGGAGAAUUUUCCAGCUUCAUGGAAGGGUUAGGACCUGGUCAGUUAGUUGGACGACAAGGAUUAGCUUCUCCUAGUUUAGGUGACAUUCAAUUAAGUUUAGGAGAUAGAAAAGGUAAUUUAGAAGUUGAAGUGAUACGAGCUAAAGCCUUACAACCAAAACAAGGAAAAGUUCCCCCAGCGCCUUAUGUUAAAGUGUACCUUGUUAAAGGCACAAAAUGUAUUGCUAAGAGAAAGACAUCAAUUGCAAGGAAGACGCUUGAUCCUCUAUAUCAGCAAACAUUAGUAUUUCACGAAGAUUACAGGAACUGUGUACUACAGGUAA